GCUUUUUCUUGGGUGUUGGCUUUGGCAGUUUGUUGUUUGGUUUACCUGGUUUACCUGUUGGGCAACUUGCAGUUGUCACUAUGAAUUUUUAAAGUAACGUUUUACUUUUUAUUUCGUUUUCGAACUUCUCUGGUUAAAGUGAUAGCUGCAAUGAAUCCUGUCACGUUGUUACUCUUCACAUUCCUUGUUUGGGAAUCAAAUGCACAACUUUUAACGUCGCCCAACAGUUUAUUUGGACAAACUAAUGUCAAAAGUGAAACUUAUGAUCCUGAUGCAAUCUGUCCAAAAUCUUGGGUGCACUACGCCACGUCAUGUUACAAAUUCAUUCGAAGCCCAAUCAAAACUAGAGAUGAAGCUAGGCAGUACUGCAGAGCUUUCAACUCUGACUUAACCAGUGUAAACACACUUGAAGAACACAGUUUUAUCACAACAUACCUCAACAAGAAUGACCCCAGUCAUAGAAUUUGGUACAUCAGUGGAAGACAACAAAGCCCAGGUGUAUGGAUCAACGAUGGAGAUGGCACUACCAUGAUGAAUCUUGAUACAGCCUUCUUACCUAAUCAAGAAACUGUCUUUGAAAAGGACUUCUUAUCUUAUGGUUAUUCACUCUCAGCUAGACAGUGGGGUCUUUUGCGUGUGGAUGGAAAAGACCCAUUGCUUUAUAUCUGUGAAAUUCCUGUCAAUCAGGUGAAUUUAUUGGAUGUGGAAGACAGAACAUUUCAGUAUGGAAUUGUUGUAAAUGAUAUCACUAGAAUUCCGCGUGGGCCUUACUUUAUUCGGCAACCAGUGCCUGUGGUAUUUGAUCUGACCAGAAGGAAGACAUUGAAUCAAGUUACCCUUAGUUGUAUAGCAAAUGGUUACCCUACCCCAGAAUUCCAAUGGUACAAAGAAGAUUUUGAAAGCGACCAGCUUGUUUCCAAACGGAUUGAUCCGCUUCUAAUGCCACGACAUACUGUCAGUGGUGGUUUGCUAAUUAUUACCAAUCCAGAGGAGAUCAAAGACAGAGGAAAAUAUCAUUGCGUAGCCAGCAACCAAUACGGAUCUAUCGUAUCCGAGAGUGUGCAACUUUCCUUUGGCUUUAUUGGAGAAUUCAAUCUCAAGCGUUCAUCAGAAAACGGUCUUGAACAUUGGGGAAAAGCGAUUUAUUGUGAUCCUCCUCAAUACUUCCCUGAUAUCCAAUACUAUUGGGUCCGCGAUGUUUUCCCCAAUUUUGUAGAAGAGGAUUCCCGAACUUUUGUUUCUUUUGACGGAAACUUGUAUUUUUCAUCCCUUGAAAAUAUCGACCGAGGCCGCUAUUCCUGCAAUGUGCAAAGUACCGUUUCCAGUAACGGUCGUAAUGGACCUUUCUUUUCGGUCGAAGUUCGCCAGCAUCCUAAUUACCAACAGCUCAAAUUCCCAAACAAUUUCCCCAAGAGUUUCCCAGAAGCCCCAAGAGUUGGUGAAGAUGUUCGACUUGAAUGCGUAGCAUUUGGUUACCCUGUCCCUAAUUACAACUGGACUCGUAAAGGAGCUCCAUUACCUAAGGGUGUUGUCAUCACAAACUACAACCGAAUUCUCGUUUUACCCAAAGUAAAAGUUGAAGAUAUGGGAGAAUAUGUUUGCCGCGCCACCAAUGACAAGGUUUCAAUUGAAGGAUCUGUGACAGUUAGCGUUCAAGCCACACCAGUAUUUACAAUUCCGCUUGGAGAUAUGCAUAUGGACAGGGGCGAAGAUUUGUUGUGGACUUGUGAAGCAUUUGGCAUACCCGACGUCAAUUAUCUGUGGCUACGAAACGGACAGGUUCUCGACCCUCUUUCGCUUGAGCAAGGAGAUCGCGAACGCUUCGAGAUCCGUGAAAAUGUUUUGAUUAUACGCAAACUGGACCCAGACCGUGAUCAAGCAAUGUAUCAGUGCAAAGCUUCGAAUCAAAUUGCGGAGAGGUACUCAUCCGGCCAGCUGAGAAUAUUGGACAUAAAGCCUUCGUUUGCUAAAAAGCCUUUGGAAUCCGACAUUUAUGCUGCUGACGGAGGAAACGUUACUAUUGCAUGCAACCCGGAAGCUGCACCUCGACCGAAAUAUGUGUGGAGGAAAGAUGGCUUCGCUAUUGGUUCUGGUGGAAGAAGAAUUAUUCUUCCAUCUGGACACUUGCUUAUCAAUCCUGUUUCUAUGGAAGACGUUGGAAAUUUCACUUGCACCGCCGAAAAUCGGUUUGGCUCGGAUUCUAGUACAGGGCGCGUCAUUGUUUUGCGUGGGCCAGUAUUCGUGGAGGAACCUCCUAACCGCAUCCUCACCACAGUAGGACAGACGGAACAGUUACGUUGUCGAGCGUCGGCAGAGGGCAUCCUUGAUUUGGCUUACAUCUGGAAACACAAUGGAAUUACAUUGCGGUUUGAUUCGUCUCCCGUCGACUUUCACGAUAAUUUGGAAGCGGCUCACUACAUCCGCUCAAGAGAAGGCAGUCUUGAAAUCAAUAACAUAACAUUGGGUCAAGCUGGAGAAUACGAGUGUGUGGCCAAGACUUCUGUCGGCCGUAUCUCCACCAAAACACACUUGUUUGUGUAUGGACCUCCGGGAGCUGUCGGUGGUGUCCAAGUCUUGGAGCUUACUUCAUCGUCAGCUGUCCUCAGAUGGACUGAUGGUGCAACCAACGGUGAUCCCAUCCGCCUGUAUAUGGUGGAAGGUAGAACUAACUGGAAUCAAACGUGGAGUGUCCUUGCCAUGAACAUCACAGCCAAAGACGUGGAUCGACUGACUUCCCGCAAAGAAGCCCAACUUAUCAACACUGUCUCUCCUUAUUCUACUUACGAAUUCCGAAUCUCGGCUGCCAAUACGCUUGGCUACGGACCAUCCUCAAUUCCAUCACCACAAUAUAAUACACGCCCAGAUCGAAUCUUCCAACCCCCUACCAAUGUCGGUGGCGGCGGUGGAAAGACUGGUGAUUUGACCAUAACAUGGACACCGUUUGUUGGACAACAACAGAACGCGUCGGGAACUUACUACAAGGUCUUUUGGCGCCGGUUGGCUGGUGUUGAUGCUGACGUGACAGAGGAAUCCGAAUAUCAAUCCCAGAUUGUCAAGCAUUCACGUUCAGCUGGUCUUUUCGUUGCCACUGUCGAUCGUAAUCGUCGCUAUUACUACACUCCCUACAAAGUGAAAGUUCAAGGAUGUAACGAUGUCGGGUGUGGCCAAGAAUCUCCAGAGGUUUCCAUUUAUUCAGCUGAGGACGUUCCUCAAGUGGCUCCCAAUCAAGUGGCCGCACGAGCUUUCAACUCGACAUCAUUGAACGUGACAUGGCUCCCAAUGGAUUUAUCUCGCAAGCAAAUGCGAGGCAACAUGAUUGGAUUCCGUAUCAAAUACUGGCGUCGUCAAGAUAAGGAAGACGCUUCCGUCUUCUAUCUGAGUCGAAGUACACGAAACGAAGCCCUGAUCGUUGGUUUGAUGCCCGAUACAUAUUACUGGGUUCGUGUAAUGGCGUACAACGGAGCUGGUGAGGGACCACAGAGUGAACGUUUCCUGGAACGUACGUUCAAGAAGGCACCGCUAAAACCUCCUACGACUGUUCAAGUGGUAGCAGUAAACCCGUCAACAGUACGCGUUACUUGGCGAUACGUAGCGCCGAGUAUCGAGGAAGAACCGCUCAUUGGAUACAAAGUCCGUGUUUGGGAGAGUGAUCAAGACAUGUCAACGGCAAACGAUACGCUCGUUCCACUUGGUCGCAAGCUGGAAGCGUAUGUCACCGGUCUCUCAUGGGGAAAACGCUACAAUCUUCGUGUCUUAGCUUACUCUCAAGGAGGUGACGGAAAGAUGUCGUCGCCCACAUGGGUUUUUAGAAUGGGUGAUGACAGCGAUGUGAACUCAUCCGUCCAAAUGAAUGUGGCCAUAUUAGUGUUAUUGGCCAGUGUUAUUUUAUCGAUCUGCCAGACAUUUACGUAUAAUUUAGGUUUGUACACGUGAUUUGUUUUCUGCCAUCUGUAAUGCGAAAUCAUUCCCUUUUUGCAAUUGUUGUCUUUCUCGCUCCGUCCAUUUUAUCUCAAUGCAGUUUUUUAAUGGCAGCACUACAAAAAGAGGUGAAAACUUUCCUCUGAAAUGUAUCUUUCUCUCAGACUGAGUAGAUUUUAAGGAAUAAACUGACUUAAACCACUAAAA